GGGGUCAACGUGCAAUGGAGAACUGUAGAAUCGGUUUGUUCACUUUGUUGGGCUUGAGUCCCUAUUGAAUGUAAGGAAGAAUCGGAAAGCUAAGGGAAAACAAAUGUCAUUAUCGAGGUUAUUGAGAUUCCACCACUUUCUCCCACUCACUCCAACUCCAACUCUAACUCUCUUGUCAUCUUCUUCUUCUUCUUCUUCCUCCUCCUCCUCCUCACUACCUUUGACCAGACACAGAUCAACACUCCUCACGAGAGCAUCGGCAACAACAGAUAGUAAUAAUAAUAAUAUGGUGAAAGCAAUAAGAGUUCACGAACUGGGUGGCCCUGAGGUUCUCAAGUGGGAGGAUGUCGAAAUCGGAGAGCCAAAGGAGGGAGAGGUCCGCGUCAGAAACCAAGCCAUUGGGAUUAAUUUCAUUGAUGUCUACUAUCGCAAAGGGGUUUACAAAGCCCCCUCUUUACCCUUCACCCCAGGUAUGGAAGCUGUUGGGGUUGUGACUGCUGUGGGUGAUGGACUCACUGGGAGGCAGGUUGGAGAUGUGGUAGCUUAUGCGGGUCAACCAAUGGGCUCAUAUGCUGAAGAACAGAUUCUUCCUGCAAAUAAAGUAGUUCCUGUUCCUCCCUCCAUUGAUCCGCCUGUUGCAGCAUCCAUCAUGCUCAAGGGCAUGACCGCUCAUUUUUUGCUUCGACGUUGUUUCAAGGUUGAACCAGGUCACACCAUCCUAGUUCAUGCAGCAGCUGGUGGAGUUGGAUCCCUCUUGUGCCAGUGGGCAAAUGCUCUUGGUGCAACUGUUAUAGGAACUGUAUCCAAUAAAGACAAAGCAGCUCAAGCCAAGGAGGAUGGCUGCCAUCAUGUUAUAAUCUAUAAAGAAGAGGAUUUUGUUGCUCGUGUCAAUGAAAUUACAUCAGGCAAUGGAGUUGAAGUAGUCUAUGAUUCUGUAGGAAAAGACACGUUUGAGGGAUCUUUGGCAUGCUUGAAGCUUAGGGGCUACAUGGUAAAUUUUGGGCAGUCAUCAGGCACACCUGAUCCAGUUCCAUUGUCUUCCCUGGCUGCAAAAUCCCUGUUCUUGACAAGGCCCAGCUUAAUGCAAUAUGUUGUCACUCGGGAUGAGCUAUUGGAGGCUGCUGGGGAAUUGUUUGCUAAUAUUGCUUCUGGUGUCUUAAAGGUGCGGGUUAAUCAUUCUUACCCAUUGUCUGAAGCAGCAAAAGCACAUGAAGAUCUCGAGAAUCGCAAGACCUCAGGAUCUGUUGUGUUGAUACCUUAAGGCUAUCAGUCGUUUGUAGGUGUUAAACACCGAGUCUUUGUUUGAUUCCUCUUGAAAAGAACUAUGGAUCUUGAAUGCUAUUGCAAAUGUAUAUUUUUCGUCAUAAGUCUAUUGCACUUGAAUAAUGAUAAUGAUUUUUCUGUUGACUUUUUUUUGGUCAAAUAGUACUCUUC